GGCUUCUUGAGGCUAUCUUGCAAUAUUACCACGAACGUCGGCUUCGCGUCUUUGUCUUCUACUGAUAGGACGUCCCGCUUAGCUUCGUGUCCGCACUCAGGCGACGCAGUAGUAGCGGCAGUACUAUAAUCUUCGCGCCCCCAACCGUCUCGCCAUGCAAGUUUCACCUACCCUAGGCGACACCUCUAAUUCAGCGGUCGAGACCGACCUUCUCCCCGCUCUGAUUGACUACGUCGCAGUCCACGAAGCGAGGCAGCGUUUCAGUAUCGAAUCUCGCGUCGCGCGUCAGAUCCAGGCGAAUCUGCGGGUGCCCAGUAGCCCACGCACGGUUGCGUUCAUUAGCCGCGCUCCUGAGUUCCUGCCUAUCGAGUUCAUCAUCGUGGGUGGAGGUGUGGGAGGUCUAACUGCCUCGAUCGCGCUCAGUCGGCUCGGCCACCGGGUGACGGUGCUGGAUGAGAAUAACGAUUGGGAUCAGACACAAGGCGCGGGAGGCUGUCGGCUCGCGCCCAACGUCACGAAGAUUUACUACCGCUGGGGGAUGGAGGAGAAACUCAAGAAAAUCGGCGUCGUCUCGCAAUACAUCCAAUUUGCAGAUUAUGAGACUGGACGUUUGGGCGCGAACGGAGAGUGGGUGGAGGACUUCCAGAUCGAGUCGGGAGGAGAGUUUCUAUCACUGCAUUAUGCGGACUUCCGCAAACUGCUUUAUGACACAUGCGUGGAACUGGGUGUCAAGGUCCGUGGCGGCGCAAAGGUCACACAGUACCACGUCCGGCCAGAGCGGCCUUCCGUCACGCUGGCGUCGGGAGAAGAGGUGCAUGGAGACGUGCUGAUCGCGGCGGACGGGAGGAUGUCACUCUCGCGGCAGCUCAUGCUGGGCGACCGGAAUUAUGAGAAGCUGCAGAACGUUAUGGUAUUCAAUGCCGUCGUUCCCAUGACCAAAAUGGCAGAAGACCCCGACCUCGACGGAUUCCUCCACGAGAAGCAGGAAGGCACCGUUUUUAGCUGGUUCGGCGAGGACCGCGGCGCGCUGGGGUUCCCGACCGCUGCACAGGGCCGGAACGAAUUCUGCCUCCACACGUUCGCACCGUCCGACUGGGGCGAGCCGGAUACAAUGCUCGAGGUGGGCCGCGCGGAGCUGGUCAAGUCGGUGCAGAAUGCGGAGCCGCGUCUGCGAAAGUUGGCGGAGCUGGCGAGUACGGUCAUCGCUAUUCCCGUGGUAGAAAGACCCCAUAUAGACGAAUGGCUACACCCCGACGGCUCCCUGCUCGUCAUCGGUGAAGCGGCACACCCACUAACAACAGGCUCCCUCUACGCGAUCACGCUCGCCGUCGAGGACGCAAUGAUGCUCGGCCGACUCUUCCACCACCUGCACCGGCGCGAUCAGAUCGGCAACUUCCUCACGGCCCUCGCGGAAAAGCGUCAGGCGCGCGUGCGCACCGUCGAGAUCACGCAGCGCGUGAACCCGCUCUCGAUAGCCCUCCCCCCCGGCGUCGAUCAGGCGCGGUACCUUAAGGCGGCAGUGGAGAACAUGACUGCGGCGGAUGCGGUUUCGCUCACGCAGGACGCGAUCAGGGUGCUCUUCGCAUACGACCCCGAGGAUGAAGCGGACGACUGGUGGGUCCAAUGGGGCCUCCUGCAAGAGCGCCACGCACGCCUCCUCCCGCUCUCCCCAGGCAUCUCCGUCGACGUCGAGAAGAAAAACUCCUAGCGUCGCCUCUUCCCUCUCCACCGCCACCGACUGAGGAUAUAGGACAACACUGGAUUGGGACUAUCGCCCACUACCUAUAUGGAGGAUUAUCGAUUAUCGCCGAUGCGCCGUAUGUAUGCGCCCGCGUCGUGCCGCUGACUAUUACCGUAUUUAUGUACUUGACACUACGAUAUACCGCUUUCGCCUGCUGCUUAGUCUAGAAUGCACACGCGUAUGCCUUCCGC